UUUCUCCUCAGGACUGCCUGUGCAGGCGAACAGCAGCCCCGGUACCAAUCAGAGGAGAAGAGGCGUUAUUUCCGGCGACCCGCUGAAGAGGGGAGCGACGAGACGGGGACCUGCUUACCAACUAUGUCGCAUACGUUUAAGCCGGGAGACCUAGUGUUCGCCAAGAUGAAGGGAUACCCGCACUGGCCGGCCCGGGUCGAUGAUGUCAAGGAUGGAGCCGUGAAACCCCCGCCCAGCAAGUAUCCUAUAUUCUUCUACGGUACCCAUGAAACUGCUUUUUUGGGAGCAAAGGAUCUUUUUCCAUAUGAAAAGUACAAGGAUAAAUAUGGCAAACCCAAUAAAAGAAAAGGGUUUAAUGAAGGUCUUUGGGAAAUUCAGAAUAAUCCAGAAGGCAACUACAAAUUUCCUCCACCGUCAACCAAUUCAUCGGAUAGUGAAGCACCAAAUGAGAAUGGUUGUGAUGUGGAAAAACUGACUGUAACUAAUUCUGACACCUCAUCAAGUGCCGAUGAAGGCAAUGAAAAGCAACAGCCUAAAUCUGCAGUGUCUCCCCUGCAUUCAUCCAGCGAAAUGGAUCCCGAUAGUGUUUCUUCUUCUGAAGCAGAGAAUUCUGACAGUGACCAGGAUUUCACCCCAGAAAAAAAUCUUCCCUGUGCCAAAUUGAAGACCGUAAACUCAGGGCGAGAGUCCCAGAUAAAAACAGAUUCUGAUGCAAAGUCUGGCUCUGAAAGUGAUGUGGUGAAAUGCUCCUCGUCGUCCUCCUCCUCUGAGAAACCUGUUAAGAAGGCUCGCAGAACUCCCAGGGCAUCAGGAAAAGAUUCUAAACCACAAACGUUGAAGUCCAAAAAAGCUGUAUCUGAAAGUUCUAGCAGUGAUAGUGACAGCUCACCAGAUCGGAUCAGUGAAUGGAAGAAGAGAGAUGAGGAAAGACAGAGGGCUCUGGAAGAGCGUCGCCGGAAGCAGCAGGAAGAUCAAUUGCGUAGGCUAAGAGAGGAGGAAAAAGAAGAGGAAGUGAGAAAAAAGAUGGAAAAGACUGAGAAGGGAAAAGCAGAUGGUGACCAUAAUAGCAGCAGUAGUAGUGAUAACGAACAGCUUUCUAAACCUGUGAAGAGGACGCAGUCUCAUUUUGAUUCUGAAAAAGAAAAGCAGAGGAAAAAAACAGGUCUCUCAUCUGGAAAUGCUAAGCGAGAGCGACGACAUACAGAGUCUGAUUCUGACAGUGAGAAAAAGGUGAAGACCAUAAAAAAACCAAAGGCGUCAGCUACCGGGAGGAAACCUAAUCAGAAAGAAAGACCAAUGGGAAGAACAUCAAAGCAAGAAAAAUCGACAAACAAACUUGAGGUCAUAAGUGAUCGAAAAGUUGAGAAGAAAGAGCCCAAUGUUGAGGAGGAACUCCAGAAGUUGCACAGCGAGAUCAAAUUUGCUCUGAAGGUGGACAGUCCUGAUGUACAGAAAUGCUUAGAUUCUCUUGAAAAGUUGGGAAGUCUUCAGGUGACCUCUUGCAUACUACAAAAGAACACUGAUCUGGUGGCUACACUUAAAAAGAUCCGUCGAUAUAAAGCUAAUCGGGCUGUUAUGGACAAAGCUUCUGAAGUUUACAGCAGAAUCAAAGCUAGUAUUCUCGGCUCAAAGUUAGGAAGCCAACAGAAAAUAAAUGUGGUGGACAACAGUAGUCAACAGUUAGAAACUACUAAGGAACAAGUGGAAGCUUUUCCGUUAAAUAGAGAUUUGGUGUCUUUUGAAAAUGAGGACAAGAGAGAUGAUCUGAAUCCCAUACCUCUCCAGAAAUCUCCUGAGGAAGAAUGCAGUCAGUGUACUUUCUAGGGUUAUGCAUACUAUGUUCUAAUACUUUAAUAUCCACUAAAAUCUAUUUUGACCUCUGGGUUAUAAUUGUGUACUAUUUUCCUGUUUAUUUUCUAUGGGCAUAUUCAGAUGGUGCAGUUUGGUGCCAUUGAAACCACAUGGGGAAAAAAAUGUAUGCAUUUUUGCCAUGUGUAUGCAUUUAUGCUUUGCGGCUUAAAAAAAAGCCCACAUCAAAAACCACUGCAAAACCCAUACGGUUUAAACAGUACCCAACCGUACAGUCUAAAUACACCUUAAGGCCUCAUGCACACGAACGUGUCCAUUCUAUUUUUUUCUUUCAAUGGGUUUGCAAAAAAAAAGAAAAAAAAUUAAGUUACUCCGUGUGCAUUCCUUUUCCCUAUGUCAGUAUUUCUGUUUCCCCAAAAAGUUGAACAUGUGCUAAUAUUGUCCGCAUUACGGACGAGGAUAGGACUGUUCUAUUAGGGGGCAACUGUUCCUUUCUGCAAAAUGCAGAAUGCACACACAUGACAUCCGUACUUUUUUUGCAGACCGCAAAAUACAUACGUUCAUGUGCAUGAGGCCUUAUACAGUAUUCCCUUGUGGGUGUUGGCUUAAAAAGGUUAUCCCACCUAUUUCUUGCUUAUCUACAGGGGAUCCAGUUGUCUCUACACACCGUUCCCCCCCCUUCCCUUCCCUUCCCUUUCGUCAGUCCCAUAGAAUUGUUCUCUGAAUCAUGGGUGUGCAGCAUUUUGACCCCCCCCCCCCCCCCCCUUUCCCUCCAGUCCAGUAUGUAUUAUCAAUCCUGUGGAUAAGUGAUUAAAUAUUUUUGAUGGGAUCACCCCUUUUAAAUGAUCUUUUUU